UCCUCCCGCCUCCCCCGCGCCGCUACUGCGCAGGCGCCGCCCGGCGGCGGGUUGCGCGGCGGCGGCGGCGGGGGGGGGAACACGGAACGUUCCCGUGGCAACGGGCGGGCGCAGCGGAGCCUCCCCGCCCGCCGCGGCAGCGCUGGCCGGCGGAGCGGGGCCCGGCGGGGGAUGGGGGCCGCCCCCCCCCGGAACGAUGCUGCUGGGCAGGAAGGCGGAGGGGCCGCUCGGUGCAGCCAGGUUUGGAGAUGGAUUAUAUGACUCCUACAUGAGGAUCGAUCAGAUUAGAUACCAAGAGUCUACAAGUGAAGAACACAGCCCCUCAGGACUUCCUUCCCUUGGAAGAUCUAAUGUUUCUAGCAACAAACUCGCAAUGAAGGAUCACCCUCUGAGUGGAAGUCAGGUCAAAGUGGAGCAAUUAUUUGAGGACUCUGGCAACAGAAGGAGUAGCACUCUUCAGUCUGCAGGAAUUACUGGUUUGGACAGAUCUCUUCCUUCCCUGACAAAAGAUAAAAGUAUAGAGAGCAUAAGUACUUCUAAAAGUGGUGGUAGUUCCUCAAAAGCACAUAAAGCCAUUUCUCAAGCUCCAGAGCAAGCUGUCAAACAGUACAAACAUCAGCUAUCUGCUUAUGAGCAGCAAGAGAUAUUUAAUUUUUCUGAAAUUUACUUUGUGGGUCCAGCUGCAAAAAAGAGACAAGGAGUAAUUGGUGGUCCCAACAAUGGAGGUUAUGAUGAUGACCAAGGCAGCUACAUUCACGUGCCCCAUGACCAUCUUGCUUACCGGUAUGAAGUACUCAAAAUCAUUGGCAAGGGCAGUUUUGGACAAGUUGCUAAAGUCUACGAUCACAAACUCCACCAACACUUAGCCUUAAAGAUGGUUCGCAAUGAAAAGAGGUUCCACCGCCAAGCAGCAGAAGAAAUCCGGAUUCUGGAGCAUCUGAAGAAGCAGGAUAAAACGGGCAGUAUGAACGUUAUUCACAUGCUGGAAAGCUUCACCUUUCGGAACCACAUCUGUAUGACUUUUGAACUCCUGAGUAUGAACUUGUAUGAGCUGAUAAAAAGAAAUAAGUUUCAGGGCUUCAGUAUCCAACUGGUACGCAAGUUUGCUCACUCCAUACUGCAGUGUUUGGAUGCCCUUUAUAGAAACAAAAUCAUACACUGUGACCUGAAGCCAGAAAAUAUCCUCCUAAAACAGCAAGGGAGGAGUGGAAUCAAGGUUAUAGAUUUUGGGUCCAGCUGUUUUGAGCACCAAAGAGUCUACACGUACAUUCAGUCUCGAUUUUAUCGGGCACCAGAGGUAAUUCUGGGAAGUCGCUAUGGGAUGCCCAUAGACAUGUGGAGUUUUGGCUGUAUUCUGGUGGAGCUAUUGACUGGAUACCCUCUUUUUCCUGGAGAGGACGAGGGAGACCAGCUGGCUUGUAUGAUGGAACUCCUUGGAAUGCCACCUCAGAAGCUUUUGGAUCAGUCCAAGCGAGCCAAGAACUUCAUCAACUCUAAGGGUCAUCCUCGCUACUGCACUGUAACUACACAUGCAGAUGGAAGAGUGACCCUUAACGGGAGUCGAUCGCGCCGGGGUAAAGCACGAGGUGCUCCAGGGAACAAAGACUGGGUGACGGCACUGAAAGGCUGCGAUGACCCCUUGUUUAUAGAAUUCUUAAAAGAGUGUCUCAGCUGGGAUCCUGCCACACGCAUGACUCCAAGUCAGGCCUUAAGGCACCCUUGGAUUUGUAAACGAACGCCCAAACCACCCAGCACUGAUAAAACCUGCAAUAAACGGAUUUCUAGCUAUACGAGUUCUUUCACAGGAAUUGGUUCCAAGUUGCCUCCUGUAGUUGGAGUAGCGAACAAGCUGAGGGCUAAUUUAACAUCCGACUCCAAUGGCACUAUACCUCUAUGUACUGUGCUACCCAAACUGGUCAGCUAAUAGAGAAUUGCGUAUUUCCAGAACACGUACCUUGUAUUUUAAUUGUUUGUUAAUAAUGUGUAAGGAAGUUAAAUGCAGAGGUUUUUAAUGGAUUUACUUUUUAUUAGAGGCUAAAUCUUGAAUAUAAAAAGUUCAGUCAAAAUGUACACAUUUAAAGGGCUAACGUUUAUCCAAUUGUUUCACUCACAGUGUGGUGCAUAUUACAUUACUGGGUAGGUCAGCUCAGCUGUUGAGUACAGUUUGGCAGACAUGCUAUUUAAUAAUGUUGUUUUAGAAAUCAAACUGUUUCUUAUCAGGAUGGUUUAACAGAUUCCUUUGCUUAAGAUAGCAAAGGAAAUUGAUUUAAAAUACAUGUUUUCAGUUAAUCUUCAACUGAACUCUUUUUAUUCUGGGCAGAGUUUUUACAUCUAUUGUCAAAAGCACAAAUGUGUUAAUGUAAUGCAUUAGGAACUUACUUGCAAAUUGCUAACUUAUGUUUGAAGAAUUUUAUUUCUCUGCUGCUUUUCCCAUAUCAAUCCUGACUGAGAUUUUUAAAAAGUACCAUGGGAUGUAGACACCAAAGGAAUUUGGUGUUGAAAUUUUAUCAUCUGAAUAUUUUUUUUCCAAAGGGGCAUAGAAAUGCCAUGAAACACAGGAUCUAACUAAAUAAAACUACUAACUUCUGUCCACUUGCUAUUUCCCUUAAAAGUCUAUGGAAAGCUGGUAGGGGAAUUCAAGAUCAGGACUGGUCCAUGACGAGUGUGGGCCAGUUUAUUCAGGGCUAAUGAAUCAUUUGUAUGUUUCCUUGAAGCUCAGAUUUAAAUCAUCCCUUCUGCCAGGUGUGUGUGUUUGUUUUCCUGUGUUGUUUCCAAAACAAAAUGUUGAACUUAAAGAACUGUUUGAUAUACAUGUUUAAAUUCUGGUCACUUAAAAAUUUUCUUUUUGUGUAGAGUGCAUUCCUUUGAAUUACAUGGACCUCUUUUAAUAAAAAGCAAACAUGCCACCCCUGUCAGACAAGAAAGAGUUUUUAAGGCCCAGGACUGUUACUAGAAAAUGUCAGGGGGCACACUUAAUUGGAAAUGUGCUCUGAAAUCUAAGCAUAACUCUGAAAUAUCAGGAAAGAUUGAUAAGGUGCAAGAACUGGUGGAUCCAAAUCAAAAUGUGUUAUGAGAAGAUUUAUUUCUAAUCAAAUUCUUUCAGGUCUUUGAGAGAGAAAUGACUACAUUUUCUCAUUCUUUAAAUAUAUGACCUUGUGUUUCCUCUUCCUUUAUCUUCCAAGAACAUGAAAAGGUGGUGUGACCUGUAAUGACAACAGCACAACUUGUUCGGGUUGUUACUUGUUGCAGCCGCAUGGCCCGAGUCCAUUUAUAAAACCAUCUGAUCUCUUGCCAGGUGCCUGAACAGAAUUUUAAAUACACUUUAGAGCUUUUAUGAACAGAAGGUUUUAUAUUUAAUGAGCUUCUCUGUGGCAGGUUUUUAAUGUUAAGGAGACUCUCAGUAUACAAAGAAUUAUCAGGGUGAUUUUUAAGAUAAGGUGACCACAUGUUCAGUAGGAGACCCUCCCUCUGAGAAGAUGGGGCUGUAUUUUCUUCUCUGCUCUGUUUAAUUACAGCACUGGUAAAACGCUGGGUGGAGGCCUGCAUAAAAAGGCAAAAAGACAGAGCUAAAGCUCCAAACUUUCCAGGACUGUUUAAACUGAGGUCCUCAUGUACAUAGCUUUUCUGAGUUCUUUUGUUUUACAAGUGUAAAUUCAAUAAGCCUAAUAAUAAUAUUAAAAUAACAGUCUAACCUUUAUCUGUGCGUCUACAGGUAAUACCAGUGUAUAUGGUAUGUUCAUGGUUCAUUUCAUAAUGAUGCAUGACUGGUAUUUUUUUUAUUUGGCUUGGCUGAGUGGAGUUUUAUUUAAAUGGAGAAUCGAGAAAGUGGAUUUUGGGGGGAAGUGGCGGAAGACACCAUCAAUUUUGGUAGAAUUUCUAAUAGAUGUGGCACCAUUCCAGAAGCCAGAAACAUUCUUCCUUCUCUGCCCUUUAUGCAUUUUCUUACAAAAUAUACCUGGUGAGUGAGGAGAAAGGAACCUUUUGGAAGCAAUAGCUUGUUAGGAAAGAUGCAUAGAAAAGCACUUUAUAGAGAGACUGUCAAGUGAUGGUAGUGUCUGGAGCCUGGCAGAAGACAGUAGACUGUUGGUGUGCUAGGACUGUACGAACAGGUCUCUUAGGAGCAUAGAGCAGUAUCUUGGUUCUAAACCAUUUUCAUCUAUAAAAUGCCAAAUGUAAAAUAAUCAUUCUCCUGUGACUUCUGGGAACUAGUUACUGUGAGGUAACUUCUGGUGUACACACAGUAAUGUCACUUAAGUCUGGUGCUGUAGAACAGCAGAUAAAGUCAUUAGCUGGCAAGAACGUUGCUUUAUAUCUAGAAAAUGCGUUCAGCAUGACCUGAUUGCACAGCGUGCCUGCCCGUUAUGAGUUGUGUAUGUUUAAGACUGGAUCUUUCUUACUCGGGACGACUAUAUUUUAAAAUCAAGUACAUAGUUAACUGUCUUGCUAAUUUGUGUCUCUUUUCUAUGUGGCCACAGUCGGUGAGAAGGAAAAGGAAGCAGCCUCAGCAAAUUUUUGCUAUAUUGAAAAGGACUUAUUCAUAACCCAGGGAAUACAGCUGAGAGUAUUUUGGUCUUGUUUCCAAUUACUGAGCCCCAUUUUCUCUAUGAAAUAUUUGCUUUCAGUGAAUAGUGUGACACAGUAUUCCCAAACUGGGAGAGCCCUCCAGGUGAGCUCGUGAAUCUUGGAUCUGGGAGAGCGGUGAGGAAUCGUCCCUGCAAGCACUUGACCUGUUGAGUUCCCUGUGACUCAGUGUAGGAAUUGUCCACAGCCACGCGUGGAGGGUUGGCCCAUGGCCUGUGUUGGACAGUGUCGUUUGUAAAGUCACAGUCACGGUGCCUGUCAUUGCUGAGAUACAGUUGAACCUCAAAUUCACACUUUGUUUUUUGGAAAGUUAAAUUCUAGCGAGGUCUGAAAUCGCCAGAAGGCCAUCCUUUUCAUUCAUCGUGAUACUGGUUAGAAUGGUUAAAAGUAGUCUAAAACUGAACUUGUCUAAACAGGUUUUCAGAACGGCUUUUAUUUUUGUGGUAACUCUGUUUCGCAGGUUUGUUAAUCUGCUAGCACUAGUAGGGUUCCGCUGGAACUUCAAUCAUGGUCUUCUAGGAAGUUAGAACAAAACAAAUGCAAUUACUUGAGUUUACAGCAAAACAGACAUUGUGUUUAUAAAAGUCACCUAAACUUGCUUUAAAACGUUCCUUACAGCUUCCCUCUGUUUUACUGCACUGUUAGUCUCUGUAUUGUAAAUAACAUGCUCUGUUUAUUGUCUGCAUUUUUAGCUGUUUGGUUUAGCAAUGUUUUUAUAUAAACAAAUGACAAGGCGUGCGCAUCACAUCUGACAGAUACACAUUGCUUCUGCACUGGGGUCCAAAUAUUAUCUGCCUGACCAAGUUUCAGGAAGAAACUUGUUUUGAUUUGAACUCGGUGGGACAGUGAAGUAUUCUUCCCUGCGGGACGUGGUACCGCAGACAGACACACACCCAGGCUGCGUUUUGUUCUUUGCAGGUUCAGUCUUACUAACGCCAACUGCUGGAUGUGAAGCUUGUUUCACAACACUGACCCGAUUCUAGAGAUCACCUGCGUACCACACAAUCUUCACUAGAGUUCUUUAUCCUUCCCAUCCAGCUUGAAUAGGAGCUCUAGUUGUCCGGUGACCUAAGAAUUCACAACAGACUAACUGAAAAGCUUUAAGGUGACUUUUGUGGAAGAGUGAGUGUGUCGCUCACCAUCGUUGUGACCUGUUCGGACCUUCACGCAGUUGAAAACUUUUUAAGCAGCAAUUUAUCAGUAGAGGUUCUUAGCAAUGGUCAUCCUCUUUAAAACUACCUCUGAAAUAAACCUAGGGUCCUUUUUAAUGGGAUAUUCACUGCAGACUACAGCUCUUCUUUUUUUUCCUUGUUUAAUACUAAUAGCUGGUUUGGCUGUGAAACACACACAUGAUGAUCUCAGCAAUGUCUUACUAAUCCUCGCCAUACAAGCAAAAGGCUGAUGCUGCACCCAGAGAUCUCUGCUGAAAUGAUUGAUACAAAUCCCCUGCCUGCCAAAGUUUAAUGCUGUUGUGGAAGUGGAGAGCCAAAAUAAUAUGGAAAGAUCUGCGGUACUUCUCUGUGGUACCCAGCUGGGAUUCAAAACAAACUGCACCGACAGACUUUUCUUUAAUGAAAAAACCUGUAGGUUUUGCAUGUGUUGAGCACUUGGUGUUGUGGGUACCUGGAAGUUUUGAAAAUCAGACAUCAUGUUUUUGUACCUAGUGCUUAUCACAGAUAUCACUUGAUUGAUUUAUUUAUUUUUUAUUAAUUUGAUAAGGGUUUGGGGACAUGUAUACACUUCAUACUUCCCAUAAAAGAGCCCUUACGUUUUCUAGAACUCCACAGAUAUCUUACAGUUUUUUAAUUCCCACUGCAACGUGUAAAAACCUUGGGUCAUCAGAGCAGUCUUGGAUAGGUGAACGUUGUCCCUGUGCUCAGAGGGUGCAGUGACUUUAAUCCAAAUACAGUUCUUGCAGACAGGCUAACUAGGUCAGUAAGUCUGUGUCGCUAAAAGAAUAACCCAUGUUCCCUAUACAUAGUACUGUGCCUUAUUAUUUUACCAGCCUACAUCUGUCUCGGUGCAAUCAAAUUACUAUUCAGGGUUUCUUAUACAUUGCAGAUGUUCAUACUAAAUGUCAAUGUCUACAGAAUUUACAGGUUAGCCUUUUUAUUAUAAAUAUUGUGAUGAGGUGUAAUAUGGUGGAGAAUGCAGAAGACAUUUAAAGUGCAUGUGAAUAUAACUCUGUGAAGGAACACUUUGGAAAUAAGUCAGUCUCAAACUAUGUAUCUAAAUGUAUUGAACAGAUAUUUCCUAAAGCUGUAUUUCGGUUCAUUUUUUUAAAAAAAUAAAUACCUAAUUUUCUUUAGCAACAGACUGUGCAAAUUCCUAAAAGUCCUUGAUUAAAAAAAAAAAAAAAAAAGUAUUAAUUAUUUCCAGAUGGUGUAACUUACUUUGUAUUGCCAGGCACUACCUUCUGUGGCAUCUAACUAGAUGUGAGUAGAAAAUUUUCAGACUCUGUGUGAAUAGAUGAUUUCAGUGUGUCUAUGCUACAUGUGAUGAAUGUUCUGAUCUGACAUAUGUUCUUCUCAUUAACAGUGCUGUAAUUAGAACAUAUCGAAGUUUUGCCAUGACAUUCUUCAGUUGUCACUUUCUUAUUCAGCCCACUAGAGAUCUUUUUAAAGCCCAGAAUCCUGCUUAUCCCUAGGCUGAAAAGAGAAAUCCAGUAAUAGCCACUUAAGGAAGAUUUGCUUUUAUUAGAAACCUAUAAAUGGGUAACCUACUGUACACAAGUGGAUAUUGGAAUAGUUUGAAGAUGAAAUCAUGCUGCAAUAAAAUGGUCUCUAGCUAUGA